UGUGGCUCAUCAGAAGCCGGGUAGGAUAGAAAACCUACUGGAUAGUAGCCCUCCAGGACCGGAGUUGAAGACCCCUGUGCUAGAUCCAUUUAAGUAAACUCUGAGGGAUUUGGUACAAAAGACAGACCUACCACCAAAUCUUCCCUCCACAGAGGUGGAUAGUUCCGGUCCAGAGAGUAAAAGUCCAGUCCAGGAGUUUGUUUCAACCAACCAGUUGAGUCCUCUUUGACUGUGACUCUUUAUAUUCAACCAGUUGGUGGACAGUUAGUCUCUGUACCUUUAAGAUACAGGCAGUGUGUUCUUAGACUGAAGAGAAAUUUAAAACAGAAACAUCAUUUCAGGUAAUAGAUAAGCUUUAUGACUUGUUAGUUUCACCAUGUAACAUCUUCUGGAACAUCGAUUUUCCUUUUUUUUCCACAUAAUAUUUGUAAAAAUGUAUUUUCCUUUAAAAGAUAGAGCUAUACCUCCAGUCUUAAUUAUUUUUGCUGUUCUAUCGGUGGACGGUUUUAUAAUUUUAAGUUAUCUUUGUGUUUAACAUUCUUACCUAUUUACAUGAAGGUAUAACGGUACUAAACGCGAUCAUGCAAUAUUUGCUUUUUGAAAUCAUCUCGGGACAUGUUUUUGUAAAACUUGAAAAUAAUACCUAAUGUUUAAGCGUUCUUAGUGCGGAUGGUUCGAAUUUUGGUUCGAAUUUACUUCUUUUCUCUAAGUGAAAAUGUGUGAAGCACUUAUUCUAAAAACUGAAGCAGCUUCGCAAACAUUCAGCUGAUUCAGUCUAGUAUAUCAAUUGUUUAUCGUUCUUAACAUUUGAAUGUUUUACUGUAAAUUUCUGGCAAUAAAUGAAUGAGCUGAACAGGAUCCCCUGAAACCGUGUACGCUGGAGUUAUGGCGAAUAGUCGAAUUACUCCUCCUGGAAAUAGUGGAAAAAACUCACUCAUACCAAUAUUUGAGUCGUGUUUAUAUAUUACUUGAACCCGAAAGCAAGUAAGAAUAUAGCAAAUACCAGUGCGAUUUUCCGGUGUGGCACCGGCUGUGCGUUCAGUCAUAAACAUGACUUUCAGUUUCUUUCACGCCCUUCUCUCUUUGAUCUGAGGUUUGAAACAAGCACUGAGGUUUUGUCCACCUGCAGCUGCUGCAAACAGACUCCAUGCCGAACGCUGCUGUAAUGCCAGUAAAUGUCCACUGGAGGGUCACUCUGCACCAUUGUGUGCAGUGUUUGUACUUGGGGAUUUUUAAUGUCUUUUUUCAUGUUAAUGUGUUGGUCUUUUUUUUAUUUGAACUUUUACAAUACAGAGCAAUGAUAAAACAAAAUAUAGGCCUACAAUAAUAAAUAUCGUACAUGUUUAUGCUAAUGGCGUGCACUAUAGUACCGUUUAAUAGAAUAAAUGCGCGACUCGUCUAAACCUAUGAAUAAAAAGUACCCCCACCCUUCACUGCGCAAUUCCUUUAGGAUAAAUAAGUUUAUCACUCUGCCCUUGCAUAUGUGAGGCCAUUAUCGUGGGGCAGUAGUUUGAAUUUCAGUUUUAAACUAUUUUGUCAACUGAAAACUGCAAAUCCUAUCGAUUGUACCUUAACGAUAAAGAAUUACCUCUUUCUUCUUUAGCCGAAAAUCCUUUCAAUGUAGUUUAUAUAUCGGUCCGUGAUGUGUCGACAUUGCUUAGCAUUACAUCAGCAGUGGAUACACCGGCUUACCAAAUGGUUGAAAUAUUCAAAAUGAAAUAACUCUUAACUGCAUUGACAAAACACUCAAGCUCGCCGAUGAUUUUUGUAACCGGGAAACCUACUGUUUAGCCAAAUCUUAACUGUUCCAUUAGGCUCGAUCUAUCAACAGUUUUUCACGCAUUUCCAUUUUGCUUAUUUGCUUAAUCCUUUCCCAUCUAUUGCUGUAAACCAAGUGAGUGAUUACAGCAAUGCAGCAUGUUAAAAAAUCGUGAAAUUAAUCUUUCAUUUACUAAAACGUUACGACGGGGCCGUUUUAUGGAAAAGCCCAGACCUUGAUGGGAGGAGACCGCGGUCACAAGUUCAGGCGGAUGACAUUGUGUUGUACUUUCUUAGUACGUGGCCACCGUGACACGCUUGUUGUAGCUCCCAGCUUAACCGCUAGUGUUUUGUUUUUUUUGGGGGGGGAAAUUGAUCAAAUAGGAGUCCGUAGUCCAAAGGAGGUAGGUGGGCUUUAGGUCGGAGUCGCGAUCCUGAAUUUUCCAAAUGCGCGGUGUUGUUGAGAUGCGCUCUUCGUGUAUUAUCUCAUUUAUCUGUGUGCGAUGACGCUUCAGCCAAAGAGAGGCUGUUCCUGAGGGCAGCGGACACCCCAGCUGCAGCCAUGGAUGGAUCGGCUGCGAUCAUACUGAUUUCUGCGGCAAUGUUUAUCGGCUGUUUUCUUCUGGGUUUGAUCCCGCUCAUGAUAAAGCUCUCGGAGCAAAAGCUGCAGCUGGUGAGUUUGCUGGGAGCGGGGCUGCUGUGCGGGACGGCGCUGGCCGUCAUCAUCCCGGAGGGAGUGGAGCUUCUGCAGGACGCCUGGCGGGGAAGUGCGCCUCUCUGUAUCAAGACUGCACUCAAUGACAGCUCCAGUGGCCCCCUGCUGUCCGGGGAGCCAAAUGCCAAAAGGGGCGUGCCCCCUCCCAUUUUCAUCGGAGUGUCCCUGGUGGUGGGCUUCUGCCUGAUGUUUGUGGUGGACCAGAUAGGCACCUACUGCUCCACGCACGACCCCCGGACUGGCAUGACCAGCAGCACCAGCAUCACCGCCACGCUGGGACUGGUCAUCCAUGCCGCAGCUGACGGCGUCGCUCUGGGUGCAGCUGUGGCCUCAUCUCAGGUCUCUGUUCAAGUCAUCAUCUUCUUUGCUGUUAUCCUGCAUAAGGCACCCGCUGCCUUUGGCCUGGUCUCCUUCCUCGUACACGCUGGCCUGGAGAAGAGGCGGAUCCAGAUGCACCUGCUGGUGUUCUCGGUGGCGGCGCCUCUGCUGGCCAUCAGCACGUACUUCAUCCUCAGCGCGACGGGUGGCUCAUUGCAAAACCGCCUUAUUGCCACCGGCAUCGGAAUGCUCUUCUCUGCUGGGACCUUCCUGUAUGUGGCGACCGUACAUGUUUUACCGGAGAUCAGCAGCAGGGGGCAGCACCACCACCACACCGUUACCUACCAGCAGGGAGGCCUUGGGGUCCUGGAGAGCCUCACUCUCCUCACUGGGGCAGGACUUCCUGUGCUCCUGGCCCUGGGACUCCACGACAGCUGAGGUCACUGAUGUGAUUGGCAGGUUUUUUUUUUACCAUUUCUUUAUAUUUGUCUUCAGUUAGAGCAAGACACCAGCCAAACUCCUAUUUCUAAAGAUAAGUAUUUAUUCAGGAAUUGAGUAAUGUGACUUGGACCAGGAAAACGAGGCAGUGAUCGCAGUUUAAUGCUCCUGCCCAUAAUGAGAUUUAUCCGAGAUUUAAAGGACUUCCUGAAUUCAGAGUUCCGCGUCUCAUGGGUGGCGUGUGAAGCCCAGGACCAGUCCUACACUUUUCACGGGUUCUAAGCAAAACGUUUAACUGUGAAAUAAGUUUGCUGGGUGGCGGGGUUAGCUCAGGCACGCCUGCUCUGGUGCAGCCUUUGUCCGUCCGGGAGCAAACCAGAGCUUGAGCCCAUCGGAGCUUUAUUGGCUUGUUUUCUUGUCUUUGUACUUCCCAAAGACUUUUUAAGGUACAUGGAUAAUUGCUAAAGGGUUUUUAGCAUCUUCAGUGUCAGAUUAAUAUCCUGUUGGGUAUUUGGGCCAUAUUGCUAUCAUUCUAACAAGGACUUUCCCUGUAAAAAAAAAAAAAAAAAAAAAAAAAACGUAAACCUUAUUGUAAACUUGCUCAGCCCUGGAAACUGAAGCUGGGUUUACUUCCUGCCCAUAAUAAUAGCACACGAUUGUCUGGUCCCUUGGCUGUUUCAGCUUGGGUGAAAGGAAAUAUUGUACUUUUGAUAGACCUGUAUAAUCAUCGAAACUGGGAUGGUUAUAGCAUCAAAUUUCAGACCUCUAUGCUUAGCCUUUUAGUACUAUUAUUACUUUCAUAGCAUUUCAUUGGCUAUUAUCUUUUUAAACCCAAUUGAUUCACUUGGGGCUCUAUUCAGUCCAUGAAAACACUGCAUUUUACUAGUUCCCUGCCAUUGCAGCCUAGAGUGCAGUUCUGCAGUGCCAGCACCUUAACUGUGGUUAUGGAGGUUUACAGUUUUAUUACCGGCUUCUUGUUUCACUUCCCGUCCCGGUGUGAUUCUGAUGCUUUCUUGAAGUAGAUUCUUUUUCCAGUAUCACCCGCACAAUGUUUUUAUUCCCCCCAUUUAAUUUGAACCCUGGUAUUCACACAUCUCCUUAUCAGAGUGCUGGAAACUGCCAAAAUUAUCAUUUCACUUAGGAGGGGGGAUGUUUUUGUUCAGAUUUUUUAAAUCGUCAUAGAAUAAAUAUCCAGAUCAUUGCA